UAGUUGAGCACAUUGACAUUUGUGCAAGUAGAUCUCUUUGUUCCAUGUCAAGAUCUGUACGCAAGUUCAAUAUAUCAAGACAAGUGGUGUGCAUAAAUUCGAAUACCGCUUGCUUCUUUCCUAGCCUUUCGACCGGGCAACGAUUAUGGAAAGUCUAGGAACGUGCUUGAACAGAAGGAAGACAGACGGGUGGGUUAAUUCCAUUAGUUGGACCAGUCCACCUGAAUUGGAUUUGCAUACUUGCAUCAAGAUUUCUUCAAUCUUGCUCUGACCUUUGGGCCACGAAAGACCCUGGUACGGGUUUGGUGCACUCAGAAUCGUUCAUGAACCUAACAUCGUGGCUUUGGAGUGAAGUGAGCGUGAAUCAAUCCUGUGCAAGCUGCUAGUUACAUUGCAUUCUUACCAAACGGCAAAAUGCCCAGGCACCUGCAAGUCUCUAGCCACUUAGGCUCGAACAAAAUGGUUGGAAAAGACUUCAGGAUUGUUGGAAAGCGCAUAGGAGCUGGAAAUUUUGGCGAAGUCCGAAUAGGAGAGAACACCCAAACACACGAAAAAGUGGCCAUCAAAAUUGAACGGAUUGCCAACCCCAAAGGCGUGAGCGCCACUAUUCGGCUGAAGCAUGAAUAUGAUAUGCUACGAAAGAUAUAUCAUGGUUUUCCCAAAGGACAUAAGAUCAACGGUAUUCCUCGUUUUCAUUACUUUGGAAAGUGUGGCUCAGUUGAUUGCUUGGUCUUGGACCUUUUAGGCACCAAUCUUGAAGACCUUUUUGAGUUAGUUGGACAACUGUUCAGCAUGAAGACUGUCCUCAUGAUAGCCUUUCAAUUGCUUGACCGCAUUGAGACGGUCCAUCAAAGGGGGUUGGUCUAUCGGGAUGUCAAGCCCGAGAACUUCCUCCUCGGUAAAAAAGACUCUGAAGAAUUCAAUAUCAUUCAUAUGGUUGAUUUCGGCUUGGCCACCUUUUACCGAGAUCCUCAAACAGGAAAGCACUUGCCAUUUCGAGACUUGAAAACCAUGACUGGAACCGCAAGGUACAUGAGUGUCCAUAGUCAUUUGGGAAAGGCCCAAAGUCGACGUGACGACCUCGAGAGCAUUGGCUAUGUUCUGAUUUAUUUUGCUAAAGGCAAACUCCCGUGGCAAGGCAUUAAAACUAACAAUCUGAAGGAGAAAUACAAAAAAAUUCGGGAUGCAAAGAUGAAGUUUCCGCUUCAUGUCCUCUGUGAUGGCUUGCCCAAACAGUUUCAAUCCUUUAUGUCUUACGUGAAAAAGCUUGGCUUCUCAGAGACUCCUGAUUACGAAUUUCUAAAAGAUCUCUUCCAUGAGCUCUAUGAAGAGUGCGGAUUCUCUUACGACGAUUCCAGCUUUGAUUGGACUCAUUUGGACCUACCAAACGACGUUCAACGCUUCAAUCAAAACAAUAAAGACGGCAUCAAAGAAAGUGACAUCAGUAGUUUCAAUACAGAAAAUUCGCAACAUUUUGCCUUCGACGACAUCUGUGAUAACGAUGCAGAUGUAAAAGAUGAGGCCAAGGAUAAAUUAGGCGAGCUUCGAGACAUCCGGGAUCAAACAAAAGCCAUGGAAGGGAUUGUUAAUUCUCGAAAAAACGUCAGGAGUCUCAGUAUCUCCAAUAGCAAUCUGGGCCUCGAAUCCUCUGAAACGGACUUUGGCGCGGGAGAUGGCUCGAACAAUUUGAAUCCGAAAUUCAAUGGACUCAAUGGAAGCCAAAGCUACAGUCAAGGGUACUUUAGUAAUGAUGGAAGCGAACCUGUCGGACCCAUUAAUAAAUCAAAUCACCACGGUCAUCAAAUGCAUUAUUCCUCCGGUGUGUCUCAUUGUGAUGAAAUUCAGGUAGUUACCGAAGAGCCUCAUUCAAUGGAGGCAAACCCGAUUUGUGAGCUACACCAAGAAAAAGGACGUUGCACAGAGGCCUGUACGGUUGAUGAGAGAAUGUCGUUCUUAUGUUUUACGUGGAGAAAGCGGAAAAAAGACAUCACUUACCAUACUUUUGAUGCUCAGAAAUGCCAAGGGCAAACCCGAAGAGGAUAUUAAUGUUCGUACGACAUCGCUUUCGGACUCUCCCAAUAGCAAACUGUUAUCACAAUAAUGGAGAGAUACCCAACCCGAUUGUAAACCCUGAAGGAACAAAACAUAAAGGAAUAAAGCCAUCCAUCUUAGAUUACAAAUCUACGUUCCCAAUCACUGCUGCAUCAGCGGAAAUUUGGCACAGCUUAGCAUAAUGUAUUAUGUUUAAUUUUUUGAAACCAGGAAAUCAUGUGCGUUAUGUUCAUGUGAUGAUGUUUAAAAAAGUUUAUGCAAUAGUUACAGAGGAUAAUUUCGUUUUGCAUUCGGUUUAUUUAUUGAUAUG